UGAGCUUUCGAUUGGAACAGAGCAUUUGAACAAAGCAGGCGAUGUGGUGAGGUGUCGGACAGGGUUGUCUGGAUUGGUUCUGGCCUAAGGCAGUAGGAGGAGACUUUCACAAUGAAUGGGAGUGCUGGGAACACAUGUUUACUGAAGUUGUCUGGCUGUGCAGGGAGGGGAAGCAGAGAGAGGAAAGGAACACAACAAGAGCUCUGCUGUCUCUCAAGUUGGGCCAGAUCUCUUGGCUGGACUUCCUCAAUGAUCAUUGCACAUGUAGACAUGUUAGCUCAGUGAACAAACACAACCCUUUAACCCAUGAGUCUAAGCCCUGUCUAAGCCGGGGGGGGGGGGGUUCUACUAAGCUAUAUGGAAUUGUUUUAAGAAGGUCAUACCAAGGAUCAUUUAGCUAUUUGAUUUAGAAUUUUAAGAACCCUUGAAGUGUCAAAAAAAUAUUUACUAAUAUUUUUUGGCCUUACUGCUAUUAGCCCAUACAAAUGCAUUGAAUAACAGAUUCACUACAUGGAACAACAGAUAGUCCACCCAAAAAUCAAAAGGAAGUUUGUUCUUAUGUGUCUGCCUUAUAUCUGUGAGAUAUAAGAAACAGGAAACAUUAUUAUUAUUAUAUAUAUUUUCUAACAUAUAUUUAACUCCUUAUUUUUUUGGCACUAAACAGUCUCCUUAUAUACUUCCAUUCAUUUUUUCAACUGGUACCAGGGGACGUUCAGACGAGUCUUGAGAGGCCUAUGGGUCUCCUAGGGGAAAACAACCAACAUGUACGUGUUCGUGAGAGUCUCACCUUUACACAGAGGGGUGACAGGCUCUGCUGUCUCUCAAGUUGGGCCAGAUCUCUUGGCUGUACUUACUCAAUGAUCAUUGCACAUGUAGACAUGUUAGCUCAGUGAACAAACACAACCCUUUAACCCAAUUCAUCAAUGUUUUCAAGAACAUUGAGGACCUCAAGAUGUAACUAUACUUAUGGACAGACUGGCAUGAGGCAUCUAAGAACAUCAUCCCAGAAACACUGAGCACCAAUGGCAGAGGAGCACAGUAACAGGAGCACAGGUCACAUGUGACGUCAUAUCAGGCAUAUCAGGCAGUAAUCACUGACUUCUUAUCAUACCAGUCUCCGUCAGCCGUACAGUUCUGACCUCUGUUUCCAAGAUUUCAUGAUCACAUGCACCAUACCCAGUAGUACACUCCAUACCCUCUCACCCAUCUGGAAGCCCUGACAUAGCCUGGGCAGUGGGUAGACUCAUCACGCAGGACAACAUUGGACACUCCGCACUUCAGAGAUGACCGGUACCCAGCUUCUAAACUACCCUGCCACAGACUCUCCCUUCAGGUCUCCCAACUCCCACUCUAUUCAGCUCCAUUCAGUUGCCAUGACAUCCCCAAUCCCCCCUCUUUCCACGGUCACCUCGCCGCAGCUCCCUCCGACCCUGUGGCCCCCGCUGGACUUUGCCUUGUGUGCGUUGUCGUGCUGCGGGGCCUGUGUGUUCACUAACCCCCUGGAGGUGGUGAAGACGCGACUGCAGCUGCAGGGAGAGCUGCGGGCGCGGGGGACCUACCAGCGGCACUACCGCGGGGUGGUCCAGGCCCUAUGGGUGGUGGGUAGGACAGACGGGCUCCGCAGGCUGCAGAAGGGGCUCUCAGCUGGGCUGUUGUACCAGGGUUUGAUGAACGGUGUGAGGCUGGGCUUCUACUCCUACUGUGAUGCCGUGGGGGUCACUGCAGCCCCUGGAGGGAGUCUGAUGUCAGGAGCCAUCGCCGGGGCUCUGGGGGCCUUCAUCGCCUCUCCUGCCUAUCUGGUGAAGACACAUCUGCAGGCCCAGAUAGUUGAGGCCAUCGUAGUGGGUCACCAGCACAACCAUCAGGGGGUGUCGAGUGCCUUCGCCAAUAUCUAUUGGCGGGAGGGCGUGGUGGGGCUGUGGAGGGGUGUGAACGGGGCUGUGCCUCGAGUCAUGGUGGGAUCAGCCACCCAACUGGCCACCUUCAGCUCCACCAAAGAAUGGGUGGCACGCCUGCAGUCACAGGUGGGGACUGAAUUACGUGUGAGCAGUGCAGGAGGUGGGCUCAUGAGUUGUGCUCGGGAUAACUUUAUUUGUGACCUCUGUACAAAUUAGAAUCUUGCAAUAGCAGAGCAUAAGAGAGUUGCCACAUCAAUGUUACACUGAAUUAAUUAGUUAAGUUAAGUUAUUGUUAUUAAAUGUUAUAUUCCAAUGUUAUGUAAUGUUAUGAGUUAUAUUCCAUUCCAAUAUUAUAUUUCAAUUCAUAUUUUUUAAAACAACUAUUGAAAAUCUUUUGCUCCUGAAUGUCAUUUUAAAGACUGCUGGGAUGUAAAAUCUUGCAUUAUUAAAAUCAUAUUUAGUGUAAUUGUACAUAAUGGAUUGUAUGGAAAAGGAUCCACAAAGAAGGAACAAAGAAAAUGAAUAUUCAGGUGAGUUAAAGAGGGACAAAUCUCCUCAUAGUGCGGAUAUUAAUGGUGACAUGUGCAACACCAUUUCCCCCAUAUAUUUUAUUUAAAUAAUUAAAAUAAGACAACUAGAAUUAGCUUUUACGUCUUUCUUACUAAAUAAUUUCUAAAUAAAACGGAUUAAAUUGAUUUUAACACACGUGUGUAAAACCAUAUGCCAUAAUCUUCUACUGGGGUAAUUGGCACCUCCGAGGACUGUUAAGAAACUUUUCUAAAAACAACAUUCAUGAAAUAACAAAAAAAGUGUAAACUGUAGCCAUUUAUUUCCCUUUAUAGUUUAUUUGCAUAACUUUUGAAUGAUAUAAACCUUAGAAUGUCUUAGAAAUCAAAACAUAUGUAAUUUAUUAUUAUUUGACCCUGCUGGUCAUCUAUAAACAUUUGAACAUCUUG